AUGCAAAUAUACAGAAAAAAAAAACUUUCGAUAUUGCACCUAUAAAUAUCUCAUUUCCUCCAAAGAUCUUCCUAUCUUACGUUAGCAAAAAGUUCCAAAAAUUCCAAUCCACAAACAAAAACAAUUUAUACAGAUCUAGAAAAGGAGAAAUAUGCUUCUCUUCUUAAAAUCAAUACGUUCCAAAUCAGUCAAUCAUCAAAAUGAUCAAAAUCAUGAUCAUCAAGAUCAAUUAGAGUUCAAGAGCUAUAGUUGCAGAGAUGCUACUACUACUUGCUCAUCAUCAACAUGUGUAUCUUUAACAGUAUGGAGAAAAUCACUUAUUUUUUGCUGUAAAGGAUUUACAGUUAUUGGCUCUGACGGCAAUUUAGUUUAUAGGGUUGAUAAUUAUGCUGGCCGCCGUGAUCAAACAAUUCUUAUGGAUGGUUCUGGAAAACCUAUCCUCACUAUAUGUCGGCAUAAGAACCUUAAGCUAGUAGACAACAAUUGGUUCAUAUAUGAAGGAGAAGUACUUGGGGAACAUGAUUACACCACCAGCACCAAGACAUCAUCGUCGAGAAAAAAACCAAUAUUCUGUGUAAAGAAACAGAUGAAGAUUUUACAGAGUAACAUCAACGUACUUGCCCAUGUUUAUUAUCAUGGAAUAUCCAACAAGAGAUAUUCUUAUAUUAUUGAAGGGUCAUAUGCAAACAGAACAUGCAAAGUGUUGGAUGCAAAAUCAAGAAAUGUGGUGGCAGAAAUAAGGAAGAAGCAAGCUGUAGCUGGCGGUGCUACUUUUGGAUUAGAAGUUUUUGUAUUAGAUGUAAUGCCAGGGUUUGAUUCUGGUUUUGCCAUGGCUAUGGUGUUGUUGUUGGACCAAAUGUUCUCCUAAGUUGUUUCGAUAUGUUUGUUUUAUGUAUCGUUAACGGUCUCAUAUAUAUUUAUUGAGUGAAUGUGAUGUUGUCUCCUUAUAUGUUCUGCUAA